UACCCCAAUGCCAUCAACAGUUCCAACUGAUCCAAAAAAGUUUCAACAACCUUUAACAAUGCGCUCCGUAAUCGCUCUUGCUCUGGUCGUCCUGACCACGCUUGUCCUGUGCAGCCAGGUCUCGGCCUCCGGAACAGCAACAACAACAGUUGCAGCAACAACAACAGUGGCAGCAACAACAACAGAAGCUGCGUCGGCAACCACAACCACAGAUGCCACAACAACAACAACUGCCGCCACCACCAAGAAGCAUCGCCGUCGUCGUGUCAUUAUCAGGAGGAUCGUAGUCCGGCGUGGAGAUGGCAUCCGUCGUAGGAGGAGGGAAAACUCCAACACUGGCGUCAACCGGCGUCGUGAGGUGGUCCGUGUCCGCAGGACCGUCCGUCGAAUCUAAUCCGUUCCCCAAAGGCCCACACAUGCAUACAUACAAUAUUCACUAAUAAAAUCUGCAAUUGACUAAA